UUAAUAUAUAAAUAUUUAAGAAAUGUCCUUCGAUAAUUUUGUAUAUAAUAUCAAACGCGAGAAUCCCGAGAUUCUUACUGAUGUGAGGCGUGUCUUAUCAAGCGGCGAAUGCUUCUCGCCCGAGCGCACCAUGUCGCUCCCGCAAAUACGUGCUGGCUACAAGAAACUAACACACAGGGAAUUUCCCAACAUGGUCGAUCCACGCACUGAACUCUGUUUCCUGCUCUCAGAGCCUUACAUUUCGGGCUUUGCAAACAAGCAAGGGACACUCCGCUUUUACAUCGUGCCACAGGCGGAAAAGUAAAACACACUAUAAAUUUAGUGCCAUGAAAUGUUGC